CUGGAGGAGAUCCGAAGAAGAAAACAGUGAAGGCUGGGGAAGCAGUCUCUGUCUCCGUCUCUGCCCUUUGAAAUAAAAGGGUAUUUCUUUCUUCUCUUCAGCCCCUCAUCCAGUGAAGGCCGGCUUGGGACAUUCUUCACUUCCCUUCGCUUCCCCUCUGGGAGCCCCUUUCACCGCCCCUGCACCUUGCUUCAGGCGAUGCCCAAGAGCGAGCUGUGGCCAGCGGGGCCUGGCUCAGAACCCGUGACCCGCAUCGGCAGCUGCGACAGCAUCAUGAGCACCGUGUCCACCCGCUCUGGAUCUAGCGACAGCAGCUACGACUUCCUGUCCGCUGAAGAGAAGGAGUGUCUGCUCUUCCUGGAGGAGACCAUCGGCUCACUGGAUGCUGAGGCUGACAGCGGACUGUCCACUGACGAGUCUGAGCAAGACACAACCCCCCGUGACCCCCGAGCACUUCCCGUAACUCAGCCUGCUCUUCAGGGAUAUCCAGGGGAGACAACUGUUCCACACGGACCGGAGCCAAGGAGAGGGACUCAGUCCAGCUCACCCCUGCUUGAGCCCCAAGGCCUGGGCCUCAGGUCUGGCUCCCGUAGCCUUCCCAGAAAUAUCCACAUCGGCAGCAAGCAGGACCUCGGGGAAGGCACCACCCAGACGAGUAGCCACAUCCCGGGCAGACCUGAGGGGCCUGUCCUAGAACCCAAGAGAGAGCAGGCCAGCCAAAGAAGGGAGCCCCUCAAGGCUCCCGCUGGUCCCCCGACGCCUGCCCCUGAGCUGGGCACGGUACCCAUCCCCCCACCAGAGGCCUUUCGGGACACCCAGCCAGAGCAACGUGGGGAAGGCGGCCUGCCCACGGAGCCAGGGCCACAGAGCCAUACGCCCCGGCUCCAUUCAUCACAAAGCCCCCAGGAGAAGGAGACUUCUUCAGAGGCCAUGUCCCAAAAAGCCACCGAGAAAAGCUCAACAGGGGGACCAGAGCAGCCUCAGCCUCCUCCCGCCAUGUCAUCUCAGAGUAUGAGAGCCGAAGAUGCUCCCAUCCCUUCUGGGGGGGACCCGAGUGCCCGGCUGGCGCCCUUCACAGCUCCUAAGCCCCGGAAGCUGCCACCCAAUAUCAUUCUCAAGAGCAGUCGAAGCAGUUUUCACAGUGAGCCCCACAACUGGUUGUCUCGCCACUCUGAGACCACCCCGGGAGACUCCAGCCCAGCCUCCUCCUCGCUGCAGGAACAGAAGAAAGCGCGCCGAGAGGCCCUGGAGAAGCUGGGGCUACCCCAGGACCAGGAUGAGCCUGGCCCCCACUUAAGUAAACGCACCACCUCCACCCGGCUCAAGGAGACCCAGGCCCAGGCCCCUUUCCCGGCUCCAGCUCUGGCUCAGCUGACACGGCCUGCUCAGAACACAGCCGCUGCACCUGCUGGAGGGAAGGCUCCGGCUCCCACUCUGACUCGGGGACCUUCUCCAGUGAAGGCUCCGGCUCCAACUCCAGCUCAGGGUCCUUCUCCAGGCAAGGAUUUGAUUCCUGCCCAGGAGCCCACUCCAGGCAAGGUUCCGGCUGCCAAAUCCAUGCCAAUUCCUAUCCCAAAGGCCCCUGGGGCAGGUGGUCCCUUGACUCAGCCAAAGCCAGACUCAGGGCUGACUCUCCAGGAGAGCAACAUCCCCGGCCUGAGACAGAUGAACUUCAAAUCCAACACUCUGGAGCGUUCAGGAGUGGGGCUGAGCAACUACCUCUCAGCUGAGAAAGACCCCAGCCCCAAAACCAGCAACUCUCUGGGCAAGGGCUCCUUCUUGGACAAGAUGUCUCCCAAUGUCUUGCGUAACUCGAGGCCCCGGCCUGCCUCCUUGGGCACGGGGAAGGACUUUGCAGGGAUCCAGGUGGGCAAGUUGGCUGACCUGGAGCAGGAGCAGAGCACCAAGCGCCUGUCCUACCAAGGACAGAGCCGCGACAAGCUGCCUCGACCCCCCUGUGUCAGUGUCAAGAUCUCCCCAAAAGGUGUCCCUGAUGAGCACAGAAGGGAGGCUCUGAGGAAGCUGGGACUAUUGAAAGAAUAGUCACUGGCCACCAGCAUGGCCCCGCCAUCCCUGCCUCGCCCUCUGCCGCACAGGGGGCUCAGGUCCUCUCCCACUCAACAGCUCAGGGCUUGGACAAGGGUGAACUUCUUUCCAGUGCUUACCUCUCUCUGAGGCAAAGAGGGGGAAGAGAUUGGAUUCCAGCAUACACAUAUGUUUAUGUUCAGAGUGGUUGUGUCAGUGAGUGUCUGCCCAAAUCAUCCUGAAGAUGAUUUUCACAAGAUGGUGUGUGUGUGUGUGUGUGUGUGUGUGUGUGUGUGUGUACUAUAGGUUGUAUAUAUCAUUGAAGCUAUUUAUAUGACACAAGGAGUCAAGGCUCAGAGUUCUGCUUGUGUUGGAGAUUUUCUUACACUGAGUAGAGUUCAGCCCAGCCAGAACCGAGGGGAGAGGGGGGCUGAGCUCGAGGGAAAAAAGGUCAGAUGAGACAAUGGAUGUGCCAGGGACAUUAGGCAAAUGCAGCAUCCUGUGAAAUGUGGGUCUCCCAGAAUCCCCGUGUGGAAGGAGACUGGCUCAUACCUUUCAGGAUCCCUCUCUUGGUUCUGACCUUCUGGACAAGAGCCAGAAGGAGUAGGUCUGUCAUCUUCUACUCAGUCCCAAGGGUAGGACAGACACAUCCCUGUAGCUAAAGCUGUUGACUGAGAUCAGAAGAGCUCUGGUUGGCCUGAGAAGGCAAGACAGUGACCACACAGCACAGUCCACGGGGGAGGACCCCUGUCCACAGGCUUGAUGAAUCGAUAAUAACCCGUGCAGUGGUCCCUGACUGGGACAUCCCUAUUCUCCUGCUCCCGCUUUCCGCCUGCAUGUGACUGACCCCAGGGCCAGGCCAACACUGAGAUGGGAGUCUGAGCCCAAAAGCUUUCUAAAUACCAAAGAACUGUUUGAGGCCUUAUCUACGCUAAUGCACGUAGUUUUUUUUAUGUUUCUACGGGAAGGUAACACAACAUUCUCUGCUAGUUACUCAUAGAAUAUCAGAGCUGGGAGGAAUCUUAGAGACAAGACUCUCGUGACCCACGCUGCUGGGGAAGGGAAGGGACUCAUCUGCGGUCACUGUGCCAUUCAGUGACAGAGCAAGGACUCUGGCUCCUCAUUCCAUGCUGCCUGCUGCCUCCCUCAAGCAGUACUUUUGUACAUCCACACAGCACUCUGAGGAUCGGUAGUCACUACCAAAGGCUCAACCCUUAAAGCCCUUCAAGAUCCUAAAGUGUCUUCUGAAACAUCAGACAUUAAAUGUUGUUCAAGACCA